CGGUGAUUGCAGGCAAGAGCCGCCAUGCCCGGCUGGUGUUGGUGUCCAUUGAUAGCCUCUUCUUAUCCAAGCUGAGAUUUUCCUGGUUGUAUAUACGACAAAUGAUUUUCUAUUGCUUCUUGGACAUUCUGAAUAUAACUUUAUGAGACUCUGGAUCCUACAUACAUCUGUUUUAGCAGAUCUUUCAUACACUGCUCUGGUGGGGAAAGGGAGAUGUCAUCUAGUUGCUACCAGGUGGGAGUGGAAGCCCAGGUUCCAUGCUUAGCCUCCACUGACACUUGGUGGAAAGGGCUGCUUCAUUAGUGAUGGGUGACGGGGGGAGUUCAGAUUCCCCACUGGCCUCUGCUGAAGCCACGCUGGCUGAAAAGGGGAGGGCCACUGUUCCUUUACUGACAUCAUGUGGGGACAAUGAUAAACAUGCUGGCUCCCCAGGAGAUCUUCACUAACCCCACCCUGGAGGGGAAAAUGAGGGGUACAGGGGCACACCAUCACAGCUGGGGUGAGGUUGGAAGUCUAGGUUCCCUGCGAGGCCUGUGGAUGGGGUGGGCAUGGCAGUGCAAGAUUUUCAGUGGCAUUUGGCUGGAUUAGGACAGUUGUCUAAACAUUUUCUGUCUUGCUAGGCUUCCCAUUUCCUGUUUCUUUGGUUAGAGAAAGCAGCUUUUCCUUUGGGCUUUCAUUGGCUGUGCCCAUUGGUAUUUGCAAGUUGUUGACUGCUCCCGCAUCCAGCAACUUGGAACUAAUUUCCUAAUAUAUCCAGGAUAUCUGGAGAUCUCUAGUCAGUCUGCCCUCUUCUCUCUACCUUUCAGAGUCUUCUUAGGUUUUUUUGUUUUUUUUUUUUAAUAUAAUGUUUAGAGUUUUCCGUUGCCCUUGUGGGAAGGAACAGAGUUAAAUGUAUGUAUUUCAUCGUGUCUCAGAAGCAGAAGGGAUCGUGCAUUUUUCAUGUGUUUUGAGUCUAAUUUACAGGUGGGAGACUGGGAGACAUUUUCUAUCCCUGCAAAACAGAGGAACUGAUUCCUUUUCAUUUUGUUCAUUUUCAUCCUGUUUUUCCUAAAGCCACAUUUCUUUCCUUUAGUCCACAUGUCCACCUCAGCACAUGUCACCAUAUGUUGUGUUUGAGACCUCGUAAAUAGUCCAAAGAGCCAGGACACGGUGGAAGCUGUGAUUUUGGAGGGAUUGACAGUAGACUGAGAACUUUAAACUUUCAGCCUUGGGGAACAAUUUUAAGUAUUUAUUCUAAAUGAUCAUUAGGUGAUUCGUCCAAAAGGUAUCAUAAGUGUGAGGUGUGGAGGCAAAGGAGUUACUAGAAGCUGGGGCAGAGUGGAAGCCCAGUGUGUGAAGUUGUGCAGGGGACAAGCAAAGGACAGAGACCAGUGAACCAGGGUCAUCCCCUGAGGCUCAACCCCUGGGCACCGCCUCCAGCUCUUCUCCACCUGCUUCUAGGCAGUGAGGCCCCAAGAACAAGCAAGAAAGUCUCUCCUUAAGUUUGUGGAACAAGCAUUUGUUGCACACCUACCAUUAUGUCCAAAGCUGUGUCGAGUUAGGUAAAAAGACAUCUUAGAUCUUUGCCGCCCUCUUAUACCCACAGGACCAGAUCUCACAUGCCCUAUUAGAGUCUCCCAGGUGUUUUUUUCAGGGAGAGAAAACAUUAAAAAUCAAACAAACAUAGAUAUAUAGAGAGAAAAGCCUCUCACCCGGGCAGCCUGAGCUGGCUGCAGGAGCAAGCAUUCCUCUGACUUCUGAGACAGUACAAGGUGUGUCCAGGUGACUUAUGUGUCGCUGGGCAGCUGCCACGCACACUCCUCCACCUGACGCUGCUCAGGGAGAAGCCAGGCAGCUAUAAUAGUGUUCCUGGCAGGAAAACAUCUGGUCUAGCAGGCAGGGUGUCAUUUGUGCAGCUGGGUGGAGACAAAGCUAGGCUGGUCCCGAUUCUUAACCUGCACUGGGAGUGAUGCACUCAGCCCCACAGGGAGUAGAUGAGCCCCAGGCAGAAGAUGUUUUGGAGAAAACUCCCCAAAGCCCUCUGCAUUGGGCUGACUCUGGCCAUUGCUGUCAAUCUCAUUCUGGUAUUUUUUACUAAGGGGACUUUACAAAACCUGUUUAUGGGUGGUCUCCACAGGGAGCUUCCUUUACCUCUGUCUGAGCGCCACGUGGCCGUGAUAAAGAGACUCUCCCACUUGGAGGUGGAAUUGCAGCAUCUGAAAGAAAGUGUGAAAUUGGCUCUGAGGCAACAAGAAAAUGUGAACACCACACUGAAGAGGGCGAAAGAUGAAGUACAACCUGUUCUAAAGGCAGUGGAAGCCACAAUGAAUGAGACAAAGAAGCACAAAACCCACGUGAAACUCUUCCCACACUCACAGCUUUUCAGGCAGUGGGGUGAGGAUCUUUCUGAGGCCCAGCAGAUAAAGGCCCAGGACCUUUUCCAGAGGUUUGGUUACAACGUGUACCUCAGCAACCAGCUGCCUCUCAAUCGCACCAUCCCGGACACUCGAGACGACAGGUGUCUUCAGAAGACGUAUCCUUCCCAACUCCCAUCCCUCAGUGUCAUUCUCAUAUUCAUGGAUGAAGCUCUGUCCAUUAUACAGCGGGCCAUCACCAGUAUUAUCAACCGGACACCAUCUCGAUUGUUGAAGGAAAUAAUCUUGGUGGAUGAUUUCAGCUCAAAUGGAGAACUAAAGGUACACUUGAAUGAGAAGAUUAAACUUUACAACCAGAAGUAUCCGGGACUACUGAAAAUAAUACGGCACCCUGAGAGGAAAGGUCUUGCUCAAGCCCGCAACAGUGGCUGGGAAGCUGCCACAGCAGACGUGGUCGCCAUCUUGGAUGCUCACAUUGAAGUCAAUGUUGGAUGGGCAGAGCCAAUCUUGGCUCGGAUUCAGGAAGACCACACCGUGAUUGUGUCUCCCGUGUUUGACAACAUUCAUUUUGACACCUUUGAACUGGAAAAGUAUCAACUGGCAGUCGAUGGGUUUAACUGGGAACUCUGGUGUCGCUACGAUGCACUGCCACAAGCCUGGAUUGAGCUGCAUGAUGUCACUGCCCCAGUGAAGAGUCCUUCAAUCAUGGGCAUCCUGGCUGCUAACAGGCUCUUCCUGGGAGAGAUCGGGUCUCUGGAUGGUGGAAUGCUCAUCUAUGGAGGAGAGAACGUGGAACUUAGCCUAAGGGUGUGGCAGUGUGGAGGGAAGAUCGAGGUUUUGCCCUGCUCCCGGAUUGGUCACGUAGAGAGACACCACAAGCCCUAUGCCUUGGAUCUGACCCCUGCCUUAAAGCGCAAUGCUCUGCGAGUGGCUGAAAUCUGGAUGGAUGAGCACAAACACAUGGUCUACUUGGCCUGGAACAUACCUCUCCAGAACUCCGGAAUCGAUUUUGGGGACAUUUCUUCCAGAAUGGCACUCCGGGAAAAACUGAAGUGUAAAACUUUUGACUGGUACCUGAAAAAUGUUUACCCACUCUUGAAGCCAAUACACACCAUCAUAGGCUAUGGAACCAUGAAAAACCUAUUGGAUGAAAAUCUCUGCCUGGAUCGGGGAGCCGUUCCAGGCAACACUCCCAUCAUGUAUAACUGCCAUGGAUUCAGUUCACAGUACGUCUACUAUCACCUAACCGGGGAGCUCUAUGUGGGACAGCUGAUUGCAGAGGCCAGUGAUAGUGAUCGCUGCCUGACAGACCCUGGCAAGGAAGAGGGGAAGCCCACCUUAGAACCAUGCUCCGAGGCAGCUACGAAUGGACUGCAUAUACAUUGGGAUUUUAAACAGGGAGGGGCUGUCAUGAACAGGGAUACCAAGCGGUGUCUGGAGAUGAAGAAGGACCCUUCCGGCAGCCACGUGCUUGUGCUCCAGACCUGCACCAUGCAAGUGUGGGAAAUCCAGCACACCAUUAGAGACUGGGGUCAGACUAACAGCCAGUGAUCCUCAGACAGCGCUGGAUCUAGGACAUUAGUUCUUGCAAGUGGAACAGCUUCUACUCCCAACUUCUUUCUCAGUGAGAAAGAAAGUGUGUGUGUGUGUGUGUGUGUGUGUGUGUGUGUCUGUGUGUGUGUGUGUGUGUGUGUGUGUUUAUGGCGACUUCAGGUGGGGCCUGUGCAUGUGCUGGGGUGUCUCUGUUGGGAAAAGGAGAGGAAACUCUGAUGCCUCGUUCCCAGCUUCCCUAGGAAGGUCGUGAUAUACAUCAAAUGCCAUUCUUGGAAACUUGAAAUAACCAGCAUCAUUUGGGGAAAGACAUGUUACGUGGGGAAAGAAAGGGGAGGAUGGAAGUUUAUCUUUGACUUUUGCCCACACUGUUUAGCCUUCCUUCCCAACAGCUACCAUUGCCAUCUGUCCCACACCUCCUCCCCAGCUUGUCCGCUCGGGGACUCCCCAGGCUGCCGGGGGCCAUUCCAUGUGAGAGGCUGGGCCCUCCUCAGGCCAGCAGCGUGACAGCUCUCCAGGUGGCACUAAUUCUCCCUCCUGCCUGGGCUGUCCUAAGAGAUGCAGCAAAUAGACAAGUAACUUUUAAAAAUUCAUCCAUUUUCCCAUGGCAGUUUUAUUUGGAUUAUCAAUCUUUCCCACACCAAUGAGAUUCUGGAGGCUGAAGGGAGGAGAGAAGGCACCUCGACUCAUCACAGCUGUCCAGGGGACAGGGUGUUGAGAAGCGUAAGAAAAUCCAAGGCCAUCAGAGCCUUUCUCUUAGUAGGUCAUAACAUUUAAUGACUUAAUUACCUAUUUCCUCCUCCUACUCUUGCAAGUUAUGGAGAAGAUGAGGCUUGAAUCACAGGGGUGUCGCUUGUUGGGGGCAAAGAAGAGAUUGCAAGCAAAAUCUUAAAACCAGGGAUUCUAUGGCUGUCCACUGGAUAAAUAUUUUCUGCUAGUUGGUGAGUUGGGAAGAUCUAUCUCAGCCUGGCAAUUUUUGGCAAGGUCUUGGAGGCUGGUGGGACUGGGCAUCAUGGUGGGAGAGGGCGUAGGAUGUCCGUGUGUGUGUGUGUGUGUGUGUGUGUGUGUGUGUGUGUGUAUGUGUGUGUGUGUUGUGUUGUGUUGUGCUGUGCUGUGCUGUGUUGUGGGAUUACCCUUUAAGUAUGUGCUCCCAGAACCCCUUCUUCAGAGGGUCACUUUUUUCUUUUAAUCUCAUGUCAGGGCUGCCUGGGAAUUAUUUUGAGAACCAAUAGGUUUUACAUUAGACAAGCAGGACAGUGAUACUUUGGUACAGAAUUUAAUCAAUUAAAACUUUAAAAAAUGACCUUUUAAAAGGGUACAGGUUAUAAAUGUACAGCCUGAUUAAAGUUUCACUGUGAACACUGCCAUACCAAGAACUAAAAUUACUGUAGAUAAAGUUUUAUGAUGAAAAAAUCAAGGGGCAAGAUGAGCGUUAAGCAAAUGUAUAACUUCUAUCUUCUGCCUGGCAAAUUGAAGGGAAAAUGCAAUUCACAAGAAAGUUUGGAAAAAGCAUGUACUCAAUAGAAAGUUGGGUAAAAGAUACAAUAUCCUUAAACAUAUGAAAAGAUGUUUAACCUCAUUCAUAUUUAGAGAAAUACAAAUUAAAACUGUAUUGAGAUACUUUUCACUUAAAUUGGAGAAAAUAAAAAGUAGAUCAGCACAUGCUUUUGGAAGGGCUGUGGGAAACAGGCAAUCUUAUACAUAAAUGGUAAGGAUGCAAACUGGGAAUAUUUCGCAAUAUCUAAAGAUACUGUAUGUACAUUUUCUAUUUCUGCCAGUAAUUCCACCUCUACAGAUUUAUUUCCAAAAAUAAGAAAAUACUUACGCACAAGGUAAUUCUGUGCAGAAUUCGUUGUAACUGAAAAAUGUUGGAAAAAAAAAAAAACUAUGUAGCUGAACAUCAGAGAAUAAUUGAAUACCUCCAUACAAUGGAGUACUAUGCAGCUAUGAUAAAGAACAAAGACUGUCUCUCUGAACUGAUAUGGGGUGAUUUCCAGUAUCGUUUGUUAAGCGGAAAAAGAAAGUAUCUAUACUAUGUACCUUUUAGGUAAGAAAUAAGAGAAAAAUGUUCCUGUAUCUAUUCAUUUCUGCAAAGUAAAACAUAAGAAGAAUAAAAGAGAAAAUAAUUAGCUUGGUUCUGAUGGGUGGUGGUGGUUGGAAAUAGGGCAGAAAAAACUGGGAAUAGGAACAGGAUGGAAGGGGUGUGGGAGAGUGACAUUUCUCUAACUAUAUAUUUGCUAUAGUUUUGACUUCUAGAACCAUAGUAUAUUUCAAAUGCUUAAAAUAUAUAAAAUCAAUAAAGAUAGAAACCCAAAAUGAAGUAUACACAAAAAUAAGUGAACCUAAUUAUAUUGCUAUCUUAUAAAUGAACACAUACAUACUCACUCAUGCACACACAUGUUGAUCACACCCAGCAUGCAACAUGAAGAUCUUGUUUCUAAAUAUUUUCCAGUAAAAGAAAUUACGAGUCUUUGAAGAAAUAGCUAAUUGCAGGGCUGGGGCUGGGAUAUCUUUCUAUUUUAGAAAGUUAUAAACUGCUUAACAAAUUACGGGGACAUGUCACAAACCACGAUGACCAGGCUGAAGGGGCUUCCACUGACCAAAUCUGGGACAUUUGAAUAUUAAAAUAGAUGACGGUAAUUUUAACUGAGUGAUUAACUUUCACAUCACCAGUUGUUGGACAAACAGAUAUCACGGGCCUCCUGAUAUAAUGCAAGAAGAACACAAUAUCACUUCUAUGGUUUUCCUGCCAAAAUACAGAACCAGAACCUAUGAUCUUGAGGAAACGUCAAUCAAACCCAAACUGAGGAACAUUCUUCAAAAGAAAUGGUCUGUAUGCUUCAAAAAUGUCAACUCGGGAAGACAAAGAAAGACAGAGGAAGUGUUCCAGAUUAAAGGAGACGAAGGGGACAACAAAGCGUCCUGUGUGAUCCCAGAUCAGAUCCCGGACCUGAGGGCUGUUUCCCACUUUGAUUGUAAAGGACAGCAGUAGACAAUAGGUGAAAGUUGAAUAAGGCUUGUUGGUUAGAUAAUAGUAUUGUAUCCUGAUUUUGAUCAUUGCCCUCUGGGUAUAUAAGAGAAUGUUCUCUAUUUUACAAAAUAGUCACUGGAUGCAGUUGGAGGGGACAGACGUAAUCUAUGAGAUUUUAUAUAGAUAGAUGAUGGAUGGAUGGAUGGAUGGAUGGAUGGGUCGAUGGAUGGAGCAGUAGGCAGAUUCGAUGGAGGAGUGGACGGAUGGAGAUAGAUAGAUAGACUAAAAAUUGAUAGAGGGAUAGACAGACGGAUGGAACCGG